AUGGCAGAAAUUCAAAAGACUACAGUAGAUGUUUUUACCCUAUGCAAACUCAUUAAUCUGGCUUCUGUUCUUUUACUUGUUCAGCACAUGAGGCACAAGAGCUUGCGCCCCGUUCUCACAGUUCUUAAUGUCAUUGAGAUACACAAAUCACCACACCGCAACAAGGAAUGGACCUUCCAAGCCAAACAAGCCGAGCCAAGCCAAACCAAGCCAAACAAAUCAAGCCAAGCCAACCAAGCCAAGCCAAGCCAAACCAAUCCAAAUAAGCCAACCCAAACCAAGCCAAUCAAGCCAAGCCAAGCCAAGCCAAACAAGCCAAGCCAAGCCAAGCCAAACAAGCCAAGCCAGGCCAGGCCAAACAAUCCAAGCGAAGCCAAACCAAACCAAGCCAAACAAGCCAAGCCAAACAAGCCAAGCCAAGCCAAACCAAGCCAAGCCAAACAAGCCAAGCCAAGCCAAACCAAGCCACCCCAAGCCAAACAAGCCAAGCCAAGCCAAGCCAAACCAAGCUGA